GGCGGUCAGUGACUUUUCCUUCCCCUGAAAGAGAAUUUCCUCCUGAGCUCUCAAACUCUCAUUUGAGCUCAGAGAAUCUCACAAAGCAGUAACAUGGAAACGCUGUUUCUCAUCUUAUUAACACUGGAGCGUUUUUCUGCAUUGAGUGGUUUUCUGAUCGCACACACUAAUAAAGGGUUAUGUCUGAGCACGCACAAGAGUGGGGUGGUCCUGAGGAAGUGUGAUGAGACUAACCCGUCUCAGCAGUGGAUGUGGACCAGCACCAUGAGGCUCAAUCACACGCUCAUGUCCAGAUGUCUGUGGGUCAAUCAGAGCCUCGCCGUCCCACGGCACGCUCGCCUGGUCAAACUCAGCGACUGCGAUACUGCACCGGCGUGGAAGUGCUACGACAACCAAGGGACCUUUGGACUGGCAGAGACGCCGAUGUUCCUGAGAAAACAGGGUGUACGAGUUGUUGCCCGCUUGGAGCCAAAGUAUUCAAACUGGUCUAUGAUGACGGUGGCCUCCGAGGGGAGACGGGUGUCCAUGUCCCUCUGUCCUACCACAGGCCCAUCCACAGUUUCAUUAAUGAAAUCCACGGGAGAAAUGACCACUCUGACCGUCCCUGUCAUUACCCAAAGCAGAGCGGUGACCCACCACAGUAACACCGUCAGAAGCAGAACGAAACGGACCGUUACCACUGGUCUAGGUGACCUGAUAACGUUUACUGCCAAAACGGACUUCAAGGAGAACUACACUCAAACGCUCGAGACAGAAUCAUCCUACGAGAUGAGUGAUGUUACAGAUGUGUCCUCCACUGCUCUGAUGGUAACAAGAACUCCUCCUCAUGUACCUCAGAACUUCACCCAGAAUCGAGUCGACACGACAGAGAUGAACUCCGAUGUUACGGAGCAGUCCCAUAACCCUCUGACGUCUCAGACAGAGUUAACUGCCUCCACAACAGACGAUGAGCGUUCAGUUUCUGCUAAUGGGAGCACUGAAACUCAGACCGCUUUAGACUUUCAUACAGCAACGUCUGAAGCCAAAAGCACUGAUGUAGAUCCUACACUGACCGAGAGUUCGACCAGUAGUUUCCCAGUGUCAAACACGGAUGGGGCGUGGACGAAUGCCACCACCAAAAGCAUCAGAGAUGUUCAGACGAUGUUGCCAUUUAAAACAAGAACGACCCGGGCAAUUACUGAAGUUCUUUCCAAUACAGAUACUAGAGCUACUCCAAAUACAGCCACCAGUUCUGCUAAAACUAGAGCGAGUGCAACAACUACCCCUACAGUGCUGUACGCUUCUACAGCCGCCCCGGACAGGUUCACAUCGGCUACUGCUACAACUGCAGCUACAACUGCAGAAACAACUGCAGCUACAACUGCAGAAACAACUGCGGCUACAACUGCGGCUACAACUGCGGAAACAACUGCAGAAACAACUGCGGCUACAACUGCAGAAACAACUGCGGCUACAACUGCAGAAACAACUGCGGCUACAACUGCGGCUACAACUGCAGAAACAACUGCGGCUACAACUGCGGCUACAACUGCAGAAACAACUGCGGCUACAACUGCAGAAACAACUGCGGCUACAACUGCGGCUACAACUGCAGAAACAACUGCGGCUACAACUGCGGCAACAACUGCAGCUACAACUGCAGAAACAACUGCGGCUACAACUGCGGCUACAACUGCAGAAACAACUGCGGCUACAACUGCGGCUACAACUGCAGAAACAACUGCGGCUACAACUGCAGAAACAACUGCGGCUACAACUGCAGAAACAACUGCGGCUACAACUGCAGAAACCAGCACGAGCACCGUCAGCAGCACUGCUGCUCUGAGCACAGGAACCUCACCACCUCCACCGUCUACUGCCACUCCCACUAUGGCUUCCACAACAAAGCUUGCUACGACGGAGGCCGUCCGGUGUCUGGUGAACAUAACUGCAGAGAGCAUUCAUAUGGAUUAUUGUGUGUUCAAUUUCACAACACCUGGAAAAUCCUGCCGCUUCAUCAUGACCGACGGUACUCACUACACAAGGUGUUCUCAAGACAUGAAGCGUCCCGACCAUUACGCGUGCCUGAUGACGGGUUUGACUCCCGGUGCCACCUAUUGGUUUGGAAUCGUUUCUGAGAUGGAUGGCGCACACUUGAACGUUACAGCUCACACCGCUCCUGCUCCCGUCACAUCAUUGACUCUCCGGAGCGACGGCGGUCCGGACUCUCUUAAAGCCGCCUGGAUUCCUGCCGUCGGAUACGUGGAGUCCUACCAGCUCUCUCUGUCACCCUCCGUCUCUUCAGAACGGGACCUUUCCCUACCUCCAAACACAACUCAGUGGGUUUUUAGCGGCUUGACUCCUGGAAAAGCUUAUCAAGUCUUGGUCAAGACGAAGAGUGGAGAACUAACAGCUGAGACCACGACAACAGGGAGAACAGCUCCAGGAUGGGCGUCUCAUCUCAAGCUGGAGGCCCUUAAUGAGAAGACCCUGCGUCUGUCCUGGUCUCCUCCUGCUGGGGACUGGGAUUUCUACCGUGUCCUGCUGUUCAGUGGCUCGUCUGUGCUGACGAACCGGACGGUUGACAGGAAUCUGGUGCAGUUCAGCUUUACUAACUGGACUCUGAUUGCAGGCCGUCAGUACAGAGCUGCUGUCAGCGUGGAGAGCGGAGAUCUGAGCUCGACCGCCGACUGCCACGGGAGAAUAGCUCCCCGCUCCGUUCAGAGGCUGAAUGUCCGUCACAGUACCGAGACCUCGCUGAGAGCCGCGUGGAACCGUCCAGUCGGCGAGUGGGACAACUACACCGUCCUGCUGAAGGACAGAGACACGACAGUGGACACGCGGACGUUAGCCCACGAUGAGCAGGAAUGCAGUUUUAAUAACCUGGUGCCUGGACGCACCUACACCAUCACCGUGAUCACCAACAGUGGAGAUCUGAGUAGUUCGGCCCACGUCACAGGAAGAACCAUCCCUGCACAGGUCACACAGCUGCGGGUCAGCAAUCAGGGCAGCACAGACGCUCUGCAGGUGCUCUGGGACGGGGUGGCCGGCGAUGUGGAUCUGUACCGCGUGCUCCUCAUCCACGACAGCGUGGUCAUGAAGAACGAAAGUGUGCCGCCCAACGUCACCUCCUACCACUUUCAGGGCCUGAGAUCCGGCGCUCUGUACAGGACAGUGGUGACCACGGUGCGCAGGGGCGACCUCUCGCGCCAGAUGGUGGCUGACGGACGCACAGUUCCAGCCGCAGUGAGAGACGUGACGGUGAGCAACAACGGCCGCGUGGACUUCCUGAGCGUGUCCUGGAGAGCAGCUGAAGGAGACGUGGACAAUUACUCGGUCACUCUGAGAGAUCAGGAGAGAAUCAUUCACACCCUCACUGUGUCAAAGCACGAUACAGAGCGUGUUUUUAAUUCUCUGGUGUCCGGACGUCUCUACAACAUCUCCAUCAGCACCCGCAGCGGAGAGUAUGAAAACCACACCGUGGUUCAGGAGCGCACACAACCUUCCACGGUGUCGAACCCCACAGCCACACACAUGGCUCGUGACGACCAUCUGAAGGUGUACUGGUGGCACGCGGCCGGAGACUUCGACUACUAUCAUGUCUCCAUCAAGCACAACAACAUGUUCCAGCAGAACAAGACGGUGCCCAAGACUCAGAAUGAAUGUGUGUUCAGUGGACUGGUACCAGGCCGACUCUACACCGUCAUUGUCAGCACGUGGAGCGGGAAAUACGAGUCUAGUGUCUCAACUCACGGAAGGACAUUGCCAGCAGGAGUGCGGAACCUGACGCUCGCUGACAGCGGCACAGAGGAUCUGCUGGUGACGUGGGUUUCUGCUCCCGGAGAUGUGGAUCAUUAUGAGGUUCAGCUGCUCUUUAAUGACAUGAAGGUGUUUCCACCGAUCACUCUGACCAGCAGCACCAACAAAUACCUGCUCUCUUCACUGACUCCUGGAAGACUCUACAAAAUUGUAGUGUCCACCUACAGUGGACCAAACCUCAGUGUGCAGUUUAUCAAAGGCAGAACAGUUCCCAGUAAAGUGAAGAACAUCCAUAUCAGUAAUGACGGUCAGAGCAGCAGUCUUAGAGUGAACUGGACACCUGGACAGGGCGAUGUGGACCGCUACGCUGUGUCACUGGCCAAGAUGGGAGGUCAGGCUGAGAAGACACCAGUCCCUAAACAUUUGAAUGAGAUCAGUUUCCAGAAUCUAUUGCCAGGACAGCAGUACAUGAUAACUGUUACAUCGAUCAGUGGAUCUCUGAUCAAUAACAGCACAGCAACAGGACGAACAGUUCCCUCCUCUGUGACGGCUCUACAGGUGGAGAACCAGCGCAGCACGUCCAGUCUGCUGGUGUCAUGGCAGGCGGGUCGAGGGGUGUUUGACAGCUACCGGCUGCAGCUGCUGGAUGAGCGAGGAUCUCUGGUGUCUAACAGCUCUCAAGCUGCAGAAGCCAGCCAGCAUUACUUCAGACCGCUCACCCCAGGAAAAAAAUACCGCGUUGUGAUGCAAACCGUCAGCGGAGGAAUCAGCAGCAAAGUUGUCAUCGCGGAGGGCAGAACCUGUCCAGCGACUGUUAAUAACCUGUCUGUCCUAAGCAACACAACCACAAGCCUGUCGUUCGGCUGGGCUCUGCCAGACGGCGAGUUUGAUGGAUUUGAUGUUUUUCUCUAUACUGGAGUUGAAAGCUCGCAAAGUGCAUAUCAGAAAACAGGAAUGGUGAACAUGCAGGAUUGUUCUUUCCAAAACCUUCGACCUGGGACGCUUUACAAGGUGGUUGUCGUGACCCGCAGUGGAGAUCAGACCAAUGACACAUUCAUCUUGGCCCGGACAGUUCCUGCAGCGGUGACGUUCUUGCGUGCUGACAGUAGAAGAAGCUCUGAGAGUCUGUGGUUGAGCUGGAAACAGGCCGGGGGUGAAGUUAGCAGCUACACCCUCCUGAUCUACAACCCAGAUGGGACUCAGCAAGCGCAGCAGAGUUUGGGCCCGGAGAGCAGAAGUCACAUGUUUCAAAAGCUUGUGGCUGGACGGCUUUACCAGGCUGUCGUCCUAACACAUAGUGGAGAUCUCACCAACAUGGCAAAUACCACCGGCAGGACAGACCCUAGGCCACCGCUCUCGUUCUCCUUUGGAGAAAUCACCAACACAUCAUUGGAGAUCACCUGGAGCUCUCCAGAAAAUACUGAUUAUGAUGACUUCGACCUUCAGUGGAACCCCAGGGACCAUCUGUCCGUGUUCAACCCCUACCACAGCCCCACGUCCGGAAACCGUAUUCUUAAAGGCAUGUACCCUGGCCGCCAGUACAACAUCAGCCUGCGCAUGGUCAGCGGCGCUGGAACCAACAACCCUGCCUACAGCUUUCCAGUCUACAGGAGCAUCAGGACAAAGCCCGAGCGCGUUCAGAGUCUGCAUUGCCGUCCUCAGAACUCUACAGCCAUUUCCUGUUCCUGGAGUCCCCCGGAAGCUGACUUUGACUCGUACACCAUUGAAUGCUUGAGAAGGGACUCUCAGAGAAUGGUGUACUCACAGCGCACAGUCAAAGAGAACACCGUCUAUCUGAUCAAAGAUCUGGAGCCUCAUAAGCAGUACAUGGUCUCUGUCAAAGUCAUCUCCGACAGCAUGACCAGUGAGGCAGUCAUGGAAAGCGUGGUCACGAUGAUAGACCGUCCACCCCUGCCCUUGACUCGCGUCGGUGAGAACACAGUUCAGAUUACCAAGUCAACCAUAUUCUUCCGGUUCAACUGCAGCUGGUUCAGUGAUAUCAACGGUGCCGUGAAAUUCUUCACCAUCAUCGUAACUGAAUCUGAUGACAGUGAAAACCAGCAGCUGCACCAGCAUCAUCCUCUUCCCUCAUACCUGGACUACAGAUCCAACAGCUCUGUCAACGCUUAUCAGACCAGUUACUUCCCAAGUCACUGUGAUGAGAGCCAGAACACAAAACAGGAGUUUGAGAUUCGUCUGGGGUCGGGCAUGGACAGUCUGGGAGGACGAUGUGAUCAGAAACCAUCAGCUGAUGCAUCUCAGGCGAUCUUCUGUGACGGACCACUGAAACCCAAGACGGCAUACAGACUCAGUGUUCGAGCAUUUACGAAACUUUUUGAUGAGGAUCAUGAGGAGUUUCUCUCUCCGCUCUAUACUGAUACAUACCUGUCCAAGCCCUUCAUGACAGAAGCAGAGCCACUGAGUGGGGUCAUCGAAGGGGUCAGCGCUGGACUCUUCCUCAUCGCCACCAUGGUGGGAUUAAUAGUUCUGCUGAUCUGCAGACAGAAAGUCCACAAAAUGAGUGCACAGGAGCCUGUGGUCAGAAUGAGCUUGAGAAGAGAAAGACAACCCUCAGGAAGUCACGUCAUUGUUAGGGGGAACCGUCGUAUCUCAAGUCCCAUCAGCAUCACAAAUUUCGAGGCACAUUUAGCUAAACUUCGAGCCGACUCCAACUACCUCCUUUCUGAGGAAUAUGAGGACCUGAAGGAUGUCGGUCGCAACCAACCUCAGGACGCGGCGUUAUUGCCUGAAAACAGAGGCAAAAAUCGCUACAACAAUAUACUGCCCUAUGAUUCUACACGGGUGAAGCUGUCCUAUGUCGAUGAUGACUCCUGCUCAGAUUAUAUUAAUGCCAGCUACAUUCCUGGAAAUAACUUCAGACGGGAGUAUAUAGCGACUCAGGGUCCUUUACCAGGCACUAAAGAUGAUUUCUGGAAGAUGGUCUGGGAGCAGAAUGUGCACAACAUAGUUAUGGUGACACAGUGUGUUGAGAAAGGAAGGGUGAAGUGUGACCAUUACUGGCCAUUCGAUCAGGAGCCGCUGUACUACGGGGAUCUGGUCGUGCAGAUGCAGUCGGAGUCAGUGCUGCCCGAGUGGACCAUCCGAGAAUUCAAGAUCUGCAAUGAGGAGCAGCUGAGCUAUUCCAGAGUCGUGCGUCAGUUUCACUACACCGUGUGGCCGGAUCACGGAGUUCCAGAGAUCACGCAGUCGCUCAUUCAGUUCGUGCGCACCGUGAGAGACUAUAUCAACCGGACGCCCUUCUCUGGAGCCACUGUAGUGCACUGCAGUGCCGGAGUGGGCCGCACCGGAACCUUCAUCGCUCUAGACAGAGUCCUUCAGCAGCUGGACACCAGAGACACGGUGGACGUCUACAGUGUUGUGUUUGAUCUGAGGCUUCAUCGCACACACAUGGUGCAGACGGAGUGCCAGUACUCGUACCUCUAUCAGUGCGUGCGAGACGUGCUCCGCGCGAGAAAACUGCGCAGUGAACAGGAAAACCUCUUGUAUCCCAUCUAUGAAAACGUGCAUCCGGAAUACCACAGAGAUGUGGUCUACUCCAAACGCUGAAGUGCAGGUGGAUAAAAACAGAGGCCAAACACUUUAAUGUCAAACACAUGUAAAAAUGUAUUUGAAAAUGAAUUGAAGGUAAUAUGCUAUGUGUAUGCCUAGAUGUAACAGAAUUAUAUCGUGUACAUAUAUUAUUCAGUAUUAAUUCAGAGUUUAUGGUAAUUCUUGCAUAAUAUAAGGUGCAUCACUAAUUAAAUGUUUUAGCUUAUUUUAUAUUAAUAAAGAUAUUUUAAAAUAAAAGUAUGAUCUGUUUCCCAUG